CAGCACUGUCUGCAACACCUGUUUAACUCCGGUCGUUAAAAGUCCAUAUCAUUGUCAUUAAAACAUCAAUUCCCAGUAUUCAUUGCGCGCGUGUUUGUGUCCUUCUCUACGGUAAUGGUAACCGAAGGCUCGCUGGGAACUAGAGUCUCUUCUCCGCAUCUCCCAUUUUCCACAGGUUUCGCGAGAUUUACAUAGGCGGGUUGGUGUGUGGCAACAUUUCUCUGCCAGACGAACUGACCGAUACUGAUAUGAAAUCAGCGUAAAGUAGCCUUUGAAUUUCUGGAGGCAUGUCCAAGAAAAGGGGCAGACACGCAGACCUGCAUGUUCAUCCUGUUUUACCAGAAAGCGGAGUAGCGGGGAGCUGAGUGACACAUUGACCCCGGACCCCAACAGCAUUCUGGGAGUCCGUAUUCAACAUAACUGGCGCGAGAAGGGGAACCAGAGCAAAUGGAAGGGAACGGUACUCGACAGGCUUAGUGUGAACCCUUCUCUCUUCAUGGUGAAGUAUGACGGCUUUGACUGCGUCUACGGCAUUGAGCUGUUCAAAGACGAGAGAGUGUCGAACCUACAAGUCCUGUCAGAAAAAGUUGUAAACAACAAGAUCAAGAUACCUCCAGGGGCGGAGGAGCUGGUGGGCAAAGCUGUGGAGCAUCUGUUUGAAAAGGAGGACGGAGAGAAGAAUGAGUGGAGAGGCAUGGUCCUCUCCAGAGCGCCAAUCAUGACCAACUGGUAUUAUAUCACUUAUGAAAAGGACCCCGUUCUUUAUAUGUACCAGCUGUGGGACGACUACGCUGACGGAGACCUCAGGAUUCUGCCUGAAGCAGAAAACAAGCACCUGUUGCCUGCAGACAGGAAGCCAGGAGAAGAGACGGAGAGUCUGGUGGGGAAACAAGUGGAGUAUGUUACUGACAAGGGUGUUAAGAGAACAGGCCUGGUCAUCUACCAGGUCCCAGCCAAGCCCUCUGUCUACUAUAUUAAAUAUGAUGAUGACUUUCAUAUCCACGUCUAUGACCUGGUCAAAACCACCUAGAGAUAGUGGACACUUUAUCUCACUCUCCAGCCUCCGUCCAUCUGCUUUGGUUCCACUCAUUGUUAUAAUAAUGUUAUUCAAAGCCAUGGCAGGGUUUGAAUAGUUAAAAUGCUUUAUUGUUCAGAAGAAAGUGCAAUCUGUUUUUUCAUAUGCACAGCAGAACUGUAGCACCGCUAUGCUUGGCUAUUUCGAGGAGAGGGAGUCAACUUGUUUUAUUGUUGCUGCUCUACUUUAUACUUUAAGUUAGGACAGUCAAAGAUUGCACUGCCCAACAGCUGCGAAGUGCAGUUGUUACUGCAUUUGCAUUGUUGUCUCUGAGAUACUCACUGAUCUGUCCUUAAAGUAAUUCUUUUAAUUAAAUCCCAGUAUGACUAAAUAAGUUGCUCAAAAUAUCCUUUUGAAGCCAUUUUUCUUUGGAUCAUCUAAAUAGCUAGUAAACAUGAUAUACACAUUAUGUUUGGGAUAGAUGUCUUCCACUGAGGCAUUCAUUGAAUUAAAUGGGCCGAUAAAUACAUGUACUGUAUUUAUCUAACCAUAUCAUCAAAUUUAGUGUUAGUUCUGGAAGGGACGAAUGGAAGCAGCGUUGUCAAAUCACCUGAAUGGGGCCCUUAUAUUUUCAAAAGCCUUUUACUUUUACUAUUAAUUAUGCUCAUGUGGAAAUAUACUCCUGCACCUUUGCACCAUGUUUAGUGUGGUGUCAGAUCCUUUGUACUGGUGAUGAAGAUGCAGUUUGCUAAAUUCUCAUUUCAAUUUGACCCCACAUAAAUCAUAAAGUGCCUUCUGGCUUGUCAUUCUGCAAUAUUGUACAUACUCUAUCUCCAACUAUCUACGCUUUCAAUGAAUCAUUGCGUAUGAAGGCUGCUAUUUGGUUUUCAUUCAGAAGUGGUGACACUGACAGCUUGAGGAAAGUUUUGCAACCAUCAGUUUAUAUUAGAGCAGUGUUUUGCCCUUAAUGCAGUAUGAAAAUGUUCUUUAAACAUAACACACAUCAUCCUUGGUUGUAUAAUCUCACUGUUGAUAUUGUGGGGAGCACUUUAUUGUAUAAAGUUUACAUGUUUAGGUUAUGGUACGCUACAUAGUUUUCCCCAAAAUGCUUUUUCCUAAAGAGUAAAUGUGGCAGAAUAAAUGCUUUAUAUCACACGCAUGAAGAAAAAACAAAACAAAAACAAAACUUGUUGCAAUACAGAUGACAGUAUUUAAUAUGUACAACUUGUGUAAAAUGCCUUGUAAUGUUGCCUGUCGUGAUUACUCUCAUUUAUAUGAAUAUCUCAUCAAAACACCACCAGCUUUUAGUAAAAGGGUCAUUAAUAUACAUAAAUUAUAAACUGAAUAUUUAAGGUAUAAUCAACUGACAAGCCAGUUUGACAGUAACUAAUUCUGGUUCUAGUCUUUGUAACUUUGUCUCGCAAACACGACAUGUAUGCUUGCAGUAUGGAUUUCAUCCCAACUCUGUCACUAGUAUGUCCUAGUUGCUGAAUUGGUCUUGGCCUUCCUCAGCCUUCUUCGGGUCAUUCAGUGUAUCCCUCAGUAAACUAGUCAAUCUGUAAAUAUACUGUUAUUUUUAGCUGUCAAAACUCUGCAUGCAUCAUCUGAACAGAGUGCCUGGAGAUUUUCAAACCUUAUUUUGACAGAGAAGUGACAAUGGGUGGCAGAAUCAGUACUGUUUGUUUAUCUGACCUAAAAAAAAAAAAAAAUAAAUAAAAAGGUUAACACUGUACAUCACCGCUAGUGGUGCUGUGGAGUGUUUCUGUGUUGUGUAAAGUGGAGUUACAAACGACUGUGUGCGCUCUUCAUGCUUUUCGCCUCCUCCUGUUCUCAAGUUGUAGCAGUGUCAACAGGCCAUUGGUGUCAUUAUUCUGUCAUGAGUAAUAAAGAUUUUUGCACAUUU